AGCUUUCUGAAAUCCAAUGCUGAGCACGCAGCAGUCAGUGAGUGGAUUCCGUUUUGAUAGUGACUCGUUGUGUUCAGUGCUCUAUAGCGAUAAUAGUGUUUGGGAGCAAAUUGACAGAUCACUAUCUCUUCUGCAAAUAUGCAGCUAUGAAAAAUCGUCGACCAAAUUUUGCAAAACUCGGAGGCAGACGUAUUAAAAGCGGAAAACUUUCUUCUAUUUUUAGACCUGUUUGAUCUCUGCCAACAUUUAUUUGUCUGUUGCGAAAUAUGUCUUGCAGGAACUUAGAGACCAGCCGCCGGACGGUGGCUGUGUCUGUUACCCUCUUAGGAGCGGCUUUGUGUGCAGUCAUGAUGGCUUAUAUGGUUUUCGGGGACAACAAUGACGAGGAAGGACUCAGGACGCUCAGAAUGAUUUCGAUAAUUUUCAGGCAUGGGAAUCGCACUCCAACAGAUUUUUACCCCAACGACCCAUACUUGCUCUACGACUGGCCAGGUGGUCAAGGCGCUCUGACCGAGACAGGUGCUCUACAAAUGUAUAAUUUGGGUAAAACCCUUCGGAUGCGUUACUAUCGUCUACUCCCCACAAACGGACUGUAUUCGAAGGAUGAAAUGCAUAUCCUUAGCAGUGCAGCAGAGCGCUGUCUUAUGAGUGCCUCCAGUCUCCUGGCUGGAUUCUUACCGCCCCUAGAGAGUCGCAAUAUAUUGCCCAUACCAUGGCAACCUGUGCCAGUAAAUUUGAUACCACGAGACCGAGACUUCCUGCUUGCCCAGAAAAAACCAUGUCCCACGUAUGACGAAAUAUUGGGAAAACUCUACUCCAAUCCACCACCAGACUUGAAAAAAUUGAAUGAGAAAAGUGCAGAGCUUUAUAGAUUUUUAACGAAGAACACCGGAAAGAAUAUAUCUAAUAUUCGCGAAGUUGAGCUGUUGUUCAACACUUUAGCGAUCGAACAGGACGCUGGGUUAACUCUACCUGCAUGGACGGAAAGUGUUUUCCCUGAUAAAAUGUUGCCUCUAGCAGAACGCAACUAUGUUCUCCACACGGAAACAUCACUCAUGAAAAAAAUUAAGGGCGGGCCACUGAUUACAACGAUUUACCGAAAUAUGACGAGAAAACGAGGGAAGAAGCUCCAGCCAGAUAGGAAAGUAUUCCUCUAUUCAGCACAUGAUGUUACAUUAGUCAAUGUAAUGAACUCAUUGGGUAUUUUGGACCAGACCGCCGCGAGACCGGAUUAUGCAAGUGCAUUGGUAUUUGAAAUGCAUCAUAGUAAUUAUUAUAAGGAUGAUUUCGAAGUGAAGAUUGUAUACUAUUUCAACAGCGAAGACAAGUUUCCAAAGGAACUACGCAUACCUAACUGUGAUUCACCUUGUUCACUGACGAAUUUCGGGCGCUCUAUUGAGCACUUACUUGUAGAUGAUUAUGAUGAGAUAUGUGGUGCGAUCUCAUAGCGAUAAAUUGUCCGACAAAAAUAAACCCCUUUGUUGUUGU